AGCAGGUACUUCUACAAAUGUGUCCACCGGGGUUUUGUAGUUAGUCUCAGAUUGGUGUGUUGUUAGUUGUGUGUAUUUGUACCUAUCUAAAACAAACAAAGCGAAAACUAAGCCAAACAGGCGAAACGGCGUUUAUGACGAUUUUUGCUCUGCUCUCUCUCUCUUCCUAUGCAUUGCGACGCGCUGUUUGAGCGGAAUUCAUGUGGAAAGUAUACAAAAUCCAGGCAGGGAACUAAUUGGAUGUGUUUGAGUUGUUAAGUGGACUGGAUUUUAUUGCCUCGUUUGAAUUAAGUCAAGUGAUGAUCCCUCUCCGGUGAAAAGGGUUCCGUUGUGAGACAACAAUCAGGAAUGUGAAUCAACAUUCAUUCAAUAACAAUAAUGAGCUGAUACAAUUUAGAAUCUAAACUGUUUCUUUUCGGACUCAGUGAUGGCUGCUACGUCAUGGUAUAAAAUUCCCUGCGAACAUGGAAUGCUACAAUUGAAAACAACUCUGACGGGUGGCCAGAGUUUCCGCUGGAAACCUCACAUGUCCACCGAAGAUCAAGAAGCAUUUAUUGGAGUUUUUGCCAACAUUGUAUGGAUUCUCAAGCAGAGCAAAUCUGACUUGAUGUAUCAGAUAGUGGGAGAACUUCCGUAUCCUAAUUCAACCGACCGGGAUGUUAGCGGUUCAACCGAUAACUUAGCUGGAAAAUCACAUAAAACGUCUAGUGAAAAUUUGGCCAGUACUCGGUUUAAAGUAGACGAACCAGAACAGUACUCUUCUGCAGGAAGUUUGCUUUACCCUCUCAACUAUUACGAGCAGUUGCUUCGUGUCUACUUCCGGUUGGACGUGGAUUUGAAUGAGUGUUAUCAACAGUGGAUCAAAUGUCAUACACAUUUCCAAAGCAGUGCCGGCCAGUUUUAUGCGGUGCGGCAGUUGAACCAGGAUCCGGUGGAGAAUUUAUUCUCCUUUAUUUGCAGUCAGAACAAUAAUAUUUCAAGAAUCUCCGGUUUAGUAGAAAAAAUCUGUACUCAUUACGGGACGAAAAUCUGCGAUUAUCAGGGAACGACAUACUACAACUUUCCUGAUGUGAAAUCACUGGCCUCGCCAGAGGUCGAAAGCCAUUUACGCGAACUAAGCUUCGGCUAUCGCGCGCGAUAUAUCCAGAAAUCAGCGGAAGAGAUUAUCGUCAAAGGUAAUCUGGAAUGGUUUCGUAAGCUGCAGCAGUUGGACUACAAGGAAGCCCACAAAGAGCUGCUCACGUUGACCGGUAUUGGGCCAAAAGUUGCCGAUUGCAUUUGUCUAAUGUCGCUGAACCAUCUGCAGGCGAUUCCAGUGGACACGCACGUGUUUCAAAUAGCGCGCCAUUAUUUGCCCCACCUGGGAAAGGUGAAAACCAUUUCUGGACGCUUGUACGCCGAAAUUGGAGAUAAAUUUCGUGAGAUCUACGGACCCAUGGCUGGUUGGGCACAGACGGUGCUGUUUUGUGCUGAUUUAAGACAAUUUAAGGAAAACGUCGAUCAAGGGAAGACACAGGCUAGCGACGAAGCGUCAAACGAUCAGUUUAAAUCGGCCAAACGAAAAAAGCGAUAGUUGAGAGUCGAAUUUUCUUAAGGACGGACUACAGUGAACAUGUUUGUUAAAACGUCUAUAUUUAUUGCAGGCAAUCAAUAUUGAUCGAAAACUGUAACGUUCCUAAAAACUACACUUAGAAACGAUAAUAAGACACAGCGUUCGGG